AUGUCUUCGGACGGCCUCACCGAAACUACCCUUCGUGGUACCGCUAUCGGUCUCAUGGUUGUGACAACUACCAUGGUACUUGCACGAGCUAUACUGCGAAGCGACCAGAAGAAACUCAUUCAAUGGGACGAAAUAUGGCUGAUAGUAGGAUAUUUGUUGUUCAUGGCCGUGACCGGCGUCUACAUCAACAAGACUAGCCUUUUGUUUCGACUUCUAGCCGUUCAAGAGGGGCGCCUCGACCCAUACCCAAAUAUCGGUGAAGAUGCAUUCGACGCACAGAAGACGUUCUUUUUCACCAGUCCAGGGUUGUGGCUCACUCUAUGGAGCAUCAAGUUCUCUUUACUGGCCUUUUACAAGAGGAUCAUGGUUGGUGUAAAGCUGUACCUGGCGCUAUGGUGGGUGGUGCUUGGUUACUGCGUACUUACCCUGAUACUUUCCAGUUUGAUUAGCUUCUGGGAAGGAUUUGCCGUGGACUUGACAACAGAUCUCAUGAUCAUGUUACUUCCAAUCGGUAUCAUACGGAACCUCCAAAUACCUCUAGCCCGCAAGAUUCAAAUUGGCGGCCUUUUCGCACUGGGUAUUCCCGUCAUCAUUGCAAGUAUUGUCCGAGUGAUACAAGUUGGCGCAACUACUGGGGCAAAUAACACAACGCCUUCGUUGACAUGGCUUGCUUUGUGGAGCAUCAUCGAGUCAUCUGUUGCUAUCAUGGUCGGCUGCGGUCCGGGUUUGUACCGAAAAGCCAAAGCUGUCUACAGUAAUACCCCGGUACACGCAUACAACAGCCGCGGCUACAUCAAAACCACGGAGAACGGGAGAACAGCGACGAAAGGGAACACAGAUGACGAAUAUGGUUUUGCGAUGAAGACGAUGAGCACCGAUAUCGCAGCUCGUGGAAAUAGUGGUGGUAGUGAGGAAGAGCUUGUCGGUCAAGAUACAAGCGGUAGGAUUCUGGUUACGAGGUCAGUUGUAGUUAGUCACUAA